AGUUCUUAGAGGAUGCAGGAACUGUGUGUCCCCAAAUCUUACCCUUCUUCUCUUCAUGAACAAACAAACUCUCUUUCACUCUCAGGGUCAGGGGCGCCUCUUCUUCUCUGGUUCCCGGGAAAAACUCCACAUUUUCACUUGACAAAUUUCAAGAAUCUUGAGAACAAGUACACAAAAGCAGAGAGAAUGUUGGGUUUUUCUGGGGAGAAUUACAAUGUGGGAAGCGAAUUGUAGUUAUUAGGGCGUGUUUUUGUGAGGUUUUGUGAUGAUGGUGGCUGCUAUUUCGGGAGCAGCUUCAACGCACAACACGAAAAUCAGCUCGCGAGAUGAGGCGCAGAAUGAGCAGAGAAGGCCGCCAUUGUUGCCGUCGGAGAAGGACAACAAUGGAUGUAACAGUAAUAACAGACGUCCCAAAGCUAGAGUAGUCGCUUCUAGGUACAUGACGCCUUCUCCUUCCACUCCCUCUUCAAUCUCUAGAAGAUUCCCGUCCCCGUUAGUCUCGAGAAACUCCACCCCUUCGUCGAACGCGCCGCCGUCUUCCGGGCCCAGAAGGUCCGUUUCGGUGGAUCGGCGCCGCUCCGGAGUCUCCAGGCCGCUAAAGCCUGAUCUCGACUUGAAUGUCGGCAAUGGGAGUGAAGUUUCCGCCGCUACCAAGCUCCUGGUCACUUCUACUCGGAGCUUAUCGGUUUCAUUUCAAGGGGAGGCUUUUUCCCUACCAAUUAGUAAGACAAAAUUGGCUCCGCCGUCGCCUAAUUUGAGCAGUAUAAGGAAGAGCACGCCGGAGAGGAGGAGGACUGGUACUCCGGUAAGAGGAGUAGGAGAUCAAUUCGAGAAUUCUAAACCCUCCGAUCAGCAGCGGUGGCCGGCGAGGUCCCGGCAAGGAAAUCAUUUGUCAAGGAGUUUAGAUUGCCGUGAAACGAGCAAGGUUGUUGGAUCUCGGAAUGUUAUCCUUUCAGUUGAUAGUAGAUUGAGCCUUGAUUUGGGGAAUGCCAAAUCUUUCUCAGCUGCAAAUCAGGGUUUAGAUGAGAGCUUAGUGAAUAAUACUGAGUUAUCUGUGCCCUCUGAUCUUACAUUAUCUGAUACAGACAGUGUUUCUUCUGGUAGUACUUCAGGAGUGCAAGAAUGUGGCGGGGCGGCGUUUCACGGCCAAACGCCGCCUUGUGGGAUCGUUUCAGCUCGAUUUUGGCAAGAAACUAAUAGUAGGUUGAGGAGGUUGCAGGAUUCUGGAUCGAAAUUGGUUGGGCAGCCGAGGCUGAGAAAGUACCCGAGUGAUGUUCCCGUGUCAUCGCCUAUUCGUGGAGCCAUUCGGCCCGCAUCUCCGAGCAAAGUAAUGACGCCACUAGGAUCAUCUCCCUCCCGGGGAAUAAUGCUCAGUCCAUCUCGUGUGAGAAAUGCUGUUAGCACCAUUGCUAGUAGCUUCCACGAGGCCCCUUCGGUUCUUAGCUUUGCUGUGGACGUUCGGAGGGGGAAGGUCGGGGAGAACCGGAUCGUGGAUGCACACCUCUUGAGGCUUCUUUAUAAUCGACAUUUGCAAUGGCGAUUCAUUAAUGCUAGGACUGAAACCGCUUUGAAUGUGCAGACUCACACCGCAGAGAAAGAUCUAUGGAAUUCGUGGAUAAAAAUCUCGGACCUGCGAGAUACAGUCACUAAAAGAAGACACAGGUUGCAAUUGCUGAGGCAAAAAUUGAAGCUCGCAUCCAUUCUGAAGGGACAAAUUUCGUAUUUAGAAGAUUGGGCUUUAUUGGAUAAAGAACACUCUGUAUCUGUACUAGGUGCAAUUGAAUCUUUGAAGUCUAACACCCUUCGACUUCCAGUUGUUGCCGGAGCAAUUGCUGAUGCCCAGAGCUUGAAGGAGGCUAUUGGUUCAGCAGUUGACGUGAUGAAGGCAAUGGGAUCCUCGAUCUGUUCACUUUCAGCAAAGGUGGAGGAAGCAAAUUCAUCGGUGACUGAACUUACUAAAACAUCAACAAAGGAGCGAGCUUUGCUUGAAGAAUGCAAAGAUCUCUUGUCUAUGCUAGCCAUAAUGCAGGUUAAGGAUUGUAGUUUGAGAACACACGUAUUACAACAUAACCAUAUAUCAACAUCCUGACAAAACCGACCUGUGUAGAAGAGAUGGUCUUUUUUGGACAAAUUCUAACACUCAUCAAACCUUUCGUCCUCGAUGGAGGUGGAGUUUGGAAGCAACCAAGUGCCGCUUUUGGCUUUGCAUUGCCAUUUUUUGGAACACAACUCCCCUGCAUGAAUUCAUCUGAAUAUUGAGCAAGUGUUUUCCUGUCUCACUGAUAUCUGUAUUCAUACUAAUCUUUUUUCUUUGAUUGUGUAGUAAAAAGUUAGAAAAGCUGAUGUGUGUAUAUAUGACAAUGUAAAAUUUUAGUUAGGUUUUUCUUUUGAUUUUUUUUUUUUUUUUGGUUUUCUUAAUUUCACCUAGUGGUGGUGGUUUGGUGUUGAAAGUGGCUUGUGUGUUUUUUCUCUGCAAGUGCUUUUCAGUUGUGCAGAUUUUCAUGGUGAAACAUCAUAUUGUAAAAUCACUUGGCAGCAGCAUUUCAGUUGUUUGUUUCGGAUUAAGGUCA